AUGCCGCCUCGCCGCCGACGGCCCCCCCGUCCAGGCGCGCUCUCCGAUCUCCCACCGCUGCGCAUCCUGCGCGCGAUCCUCCUCCUUCAAGCCUCCUACUACAGCACCUCACUGAUCCUCAUCCUCUUCACAACCCUCGUGCUGGGACAAGGCUUCACGCCAUCUCUGAUCCUCGACUGGCGCGCCGUGCGCGGCGACAACACCCUGGGCUGGGUCGUCGGCAUCUGCUGGCUACUAACCGGCUUCAUCACUGUGAUACCCAUGCUAAUACUGACGACACGCCUCUCCGCUUCCCUCGUCCCCGACUUCGCCCUCACGAUCCACUUCCUGCACCUCCUCACCACCUCGUUCUACACGCGGCGCCUGCCGACGAAUUUUCUAUGGUGGUGCCUGCAGGCGUCGAGCGCGGGCCUGAUGGUGCUGCUGGGCGUCUGGGUCGUGCGGUACCGCGAGGUGAAAAUGAUACAAGGGUUUGGGAAGCGGAAACCGCCUGCCAGUGGGGCUGCGGGCGAUGGUAGUGGUGGUGGUGGUGGCAGCCGGGGAGGGGAGUACGAGAUGGUAGAGCAGAGGGAUAGAGGGGGAGAUGAGAAUGUUUAG